AAUAGAUUUUUCACUGUCUUGUGGUGGAGCUACAGGGUCAAAAUGGAGUCUAUUUGUUUUUGCAAAACGAGAGCUUCAAGUAGCUCUUUGUUCCAUGUUACUACGACUUUCUGGUCAAAAGUUAUGGAUCAAAAAGGGUGGAACUUACACAUGAGUCUUUUAGCUAACUGAAGGUUUUCUCUGAAUAGACUGUUGCUGUACUGCCACGUUUUUGUCUGUUACCAUACCAGAGCAAACAGUAUAAUGGUAUGUGGCCACCUGGAGCUAAAGUAUUUUAUGGACAUGUACUUAAGAGAGGGGCUUUUGCCUUUCUUUUCUUUAAUUCAGAGUUCAAGAGUGACAUUAAGAGGUUGAAUGGUGAGGUUUACUUAUUUGAAAGUAAAGAAAUCUGGGCUGUUAUAUUACAAAGGUUUUCCUCUCUUCUUUCCUCUAUUCGUCCCACUCUCCUCCCUAUAUUCCUCCCACCCUUUAUACGUUCUAGUACUUUUGGCAUGUCUGAUGUCUCACAGCUCUCAUUUGUAUGCUCCCUCCACUCUACUAGAUUAAUAGAACAUAGCAUCGAUCACCAAAAACACUUGGGAUGGACUUCGUCACUAUUCUGCUAGAUACCUAUUGCAAAUUCUUCUUGCAAUGGUUCUUUGAACUUUG